UAGGAAAUUCAUCAGUUCAAAGUGACUACUCUCUUGAGUCAAUCAAUUACUAAUUCUUUCAACUUCGAACAGUUCUGAGUUCUACUCUAACAAAAUGUCCAAAUUCAUUACUUUGGGAGUCGCUCUGUUGGCUAUGGCCACCACAAUUCUAGCCAGUGGCGGCGAAGCACCGACCGAGAUUGAGGCCAAGAUCCAGCUUGUGGAGAAUAUUGCAGACUUCAAGGCAGCCAAUCCGGAACUGGAACUGAUUCCGAUGGAAACCACUCGUGGUCCCCGACAGCAGAUUCUUUACACCGUCGGCUAUAGGGUUUCAGGAGAUAAACUGGUUGCCUCGAUUCAGGACGGAUGGACCUGGUCUACGAUGCAGGAUGUAACGCUGACUCUGACCUAUCCGACGUCGGGUGUCGGUGCCAUAGUCAGCUACGCACAGGUUGUGGUGAAUCAAAGUUCCAACCUAGGACAGGGUUAUGUAGUGGCUGGAGGAGUUGGUCAGCGCUACAUUCAGAUAGUGAUUCAGGCGUUCCAAACUACCUAUUUCAACUAUGUUGCUCAGGUUUACGGAUAUUAGGAUCGUAGGGGAUUUGGGAAUUUAGAUUAAGCUGAUAUGAAUAGAAUAAUAAAUGCUGGACAUUCAAACUAA